GCUGUUACGCUUACGGAUGGGAAAAAAGAUGAGAUCCAGAGUCCAGGAGGAGAGAGAGGGAAGCCCUGACUCAGCGGGGCCAAUAAUGGCCCACCCAUAAUGGAGUUAUUAAAAAGUGGUAGGCCCCAUUCACCGUGAAAAUCUUCUCCAUGCACCUCAACGCUGCACACGUAGGCUGUUGAAGGAAGCCAGUACCAUCACCUUCUCUCUCCCUCCUACAGACAUACAGACACAGACACUCACUAGACUGUAGUCAGUGUUUCGAUUAUAUUGCUCACGCCUCCCUAGUGGCGUCGAGCUCCGGACCAGAUCGUUCCUCUGCUCCCUUCUCCCUCUUUCAGUCCGAAGAAAAAAACCCUAGAAAUGGUUUACACGCUCUCUGGAAUCCGCCUGCCAACUUUUCCUCCAGUCUGUAGUUUGUCUCCGUCGAGCAUCAAUGGCGAUCGAAGAAGUGUUAACUUCUCUUUCCUCCUGAAAAGAGACCCAUUUCCUCGGAAGAUUUUUGCUGGAAAAUCUCCUUAUGAUUCAAAACCAAUUUUGACGGUUGCUGAAACUGAGAAAAUCCUAGUUCCUGGUGGUAAUUCUGAUGUCUCGUCAUCCUCAACUGAUUCAGGAGAAACUCCUGAAGCCAUUUCAGAGGAUUCUCAGGAAGUAGCUGGUUUGCCCAUGGAAGAGGAACAUAAGAUUGAUAAUGCACAAAAUACUGUUUCUUCAAAGCUUCCUAGUGGUGGCAAGGUUGUGGCUGAACAGGAUGUUGAUGAUGGGGGUGCCAAACGAAAGGGUAUUCCUCCACCUGGCACUGGACAGAGAAUAUAUGAAAUAGAUCCGUUGCUGAAGAAUCAUCGUGAACAUCUUGAUUACCGUUAUGGACAAUACAAGAAAAUGCGUGAGUUGAUUGAUAAAUAUGAAGGGGGUUUGGAUUCAUUUUCUCGUGGUUAUGAAAAGUUUGGCUUCACUCGAAGUGCCACAGGAAUAACUUACAGAGAGUGGGCACCUGGAGCUAAGUGGGCAGCAUUGAUUGGAGAUUUUAACAAUUGGAAUCCCAAUGCAGAUGUUAUGACUCGGAAUGAGUUUGGUGUUUGGGAGGUCUUUUUGCCAAACAAUGCAGAUGGUUCACCACCAAUUCCUCAUGGCUCCCGAGUUAAGAUCCGUAUGGACACUUCAUCUGGUGUCAAAGAUUCAAUUCCUGCUUGGAUCAAGUUCUCUGUACAAGCUCCUGGUGAAAUUCCAUACAAUGGCAUAUAUUAUGAUCCUCCAGAAGAGGAAAAGCAUGUAUUUCAACAUCCUCAGCCUAAAAGACCUAGAUCACUGCGAAUAUAUGAGUCACAUGUGGGGAUGAGUAGUACGGAGCCAGUUAUCAACACAUAUGCCAACUUUAGAGAUGAAGUGCUCCCUCGCAUUAAAAAGCUUGGAUAUAAUGCUGUUCAGAUAAUGGCCAUUCAAGAACAUUCAUAUUAUGCUAGUUUCGGGUACCAUGUCACCAACUUUUUUGCACCUAGCAGCCGUUGUGGAACUCCAGAUGAUCUUAAGUCUUUGAUAGACAGAGCUCAUGAGCUAGGACUGCUUGUGCUUAUGGAUAUUGUUCACAGCCAUGCAUCAAACAAUGUGUUGGAUGGGCUGAACAUGUUUGAUGGCACCGACGGUCAGUACUUCCACUCUGGAUCCCGUGGAUAUCAUUGGAUGUGGGAUUCUCGCCUUUUCAACUAUGGACACUGGGAAGUUCUAAGAUUUCUUCUUUCAAAUGCAAGAUGGUGGCUGGAAGAGUACAAAUUUGAUGGUUUCAGAUUUGAUGGUGUUACUUCAAUGAUGUACACUCAUCAUGGGUUGCAGGUAGCAUUCACAGGAAACUAUAAUGAGUACUUUGGCUAUGCAACUGAUGUAGAUGCUAUUGUUUAUCUGAUGCUAGUAAAUGAUCUUAUUCAUGGACUCUUCCCUGAGGCAGUUACCAUAGGUGAAGAUGUCAGUGGAAUGCCAACAUUCUGCAUUCCUAUUCAAGAUGGUGGUGUCGGAUUUGAUUAUCGCCUACAUAUGGCCAUUGCUGAUAAGUGGAUUGAGAUUUUCAAGAGAAGGGAUGAAGAUUGGGAAAUGGGAGAUAUUGUUCAUACACUUACCAACAGAAGGUGGUUGGAAAAAUGUGUUGUCUAUGCUGAGAGUCAUGACCAAGCACUGGUUGGUGACAAAACUAUUGCAUUCUGGUUAAUGGACAAGGACAUGUAUGAUUUCAUGGCUCUUGACAAACCAUCUACUCCUGUCAUAGAUCGUGGAAUAGCAUUGCACAAAAUGAUUAGGCUAGUCACAAUGGGGUUAGGUGGAGAAGGAUACCUAAAUUUCAUGGGAAAUGAAUUUGGGCAUCCAGAGUGGAUAGAUUUCCCAAGGGGUGAUCAACAUCUUCCUAACGGAAAAUUAAUCCUUGGAAAUAAUUACAGCUUUGAUAAAUGCCGACGAAGGUUUGAUCUAGGAGAUGCAAAUUAUCUAAGAUAUCGUGGCAUGCAAGAGUUUGAUCGGGCGAUGCAGCACUUGGAGGAGGCCUAUGGUUUCAUGACAUCAGAGCAUCAGUAUAUAUCACGGAAAGAUGAAGGAGAUAGGAUGAUUAUCUUUGAGCGAGGGGACUUGGUUUUUGUCUUUAAUUUCCAUUGGACUAAGAGUUACUCAGACUAUCGAGUUGGUUGCUUAAAACCAGGAAAGUACAAGGUAGUUUUGGACUCGGAUGACAAAUUGUUCGGUGGUUUUGGUAGAAUUGAUCACACUGCAGAAUAUUUCAGCUCUGAAUACCAGCACGACAACCGACCACGAUCAUUCCGAGUAUAUGCCCCAAGUAGAACAGCAGUUGUCUAUGCUCUGGCAGAGGACUGAAUUAAGCCCCUUAAAAUUUGUGGAUGUUGUCCAUCAAAGGCAACAUUUUUGUGUAAGCAAUAACUUGCAUCCUCUUGUGAAGGAUAAUUCUACAUUAUACCAACUGGGGGGAAUGUGAAUGACUAGCGUCUUGGUCUUAUGUUCAGGACUAUAGAAAUAUGUGUGCACUUGAAGGCAUAGUCAGAUCCUUGGCUGAUUAGGCAUCCAGAGGUACAAAGAUGGAGUUGAAAAUUUAAAAAUGAAAUCAAGCAGCAGAGCAAAACCGCGAGAUGGUGUCAAGCAUGAAAGCAAUAAAGCCUCGGAAAUUCUUUUCACCUGGAGUUUUGUACACCUUCAAUGUCCAUCCGCUUGUGAAAUAAGUUACAGCAGUCCUCAAGGAUGUUUUGGAAGACUUCCGUCGAUGUAUAUUCCAUAGAUAAAUUAUUUCAAGAUCUUUAACUAUUGCAGUAGUUUAAUACUUAAAUUAUUUCAAGAUAAGUUAAAGCAGUCA